GCACACAAGACAUUUAAACUCUUACUGGUGCUGAUGUUGAGGGGUAGGGCUCAGUGGUUCUAUCAAAACCCAAACGCGCACGAGAGCGCGCGCACUCGUCACUCGCAGAGCAUCAGUUCAGAAGGGAUGCAACAAAACCGGACCUUUUCCCACAGGACUGUUUAGCUGAUUUCUUUCUUUCGGACAAUCAUAUACUCUUAUAAUCGCGUUAUGUUAUAUGUGAGUGUCGCGGCGGUAAGGCGCACAGCCAGAUGAGCAAAGCUAAGAGGAUUUAAUGCAGCUGGACACGAGCCACAUUGAGUGAAGAAGAUUAUAUUGUUUUAAUCAAAUGCAAAGAAGUUUUUAUUGCUGGUCACUUUAGUUCGAGUUGUGGAGGGGUGAUGUUUGUGUUCUGUUGGUCUGUUAUGUGAUUUAAGUGUUUUUUGCACUAGUAUAUAAAAAUGAUCACCCUACAAAGAUGCAUGACUUCAGCUUCACAGUAAAGGGGCAUUCUGACAAACUCUGGACCUGAUCUUUACUUGCCCAAAUCUGGAUUCAUUAUAGGCAAAGAUGUGUCAGUGUUACUCUGCGCUGCUUGUGCUCUGUUUGCACAUGGUGACUUGUGGAGCAGAGCUCAGAACAGCUGUGUCUCGUCUGGGUUGGAGUGAAAGUGAUAAGGAGGCGAGCAACCCUCCUUACGGCUCUCGUUCGGGGAAUCUCAAAUCCAUGCGGCUUUUCCCCCACCCGUCCCAAUCUGACACUCAAAGCCACGAUGCUCCUCCAGACCCCGGAGCACUAGAUCUGUGGACUUGGUUAUCAAACCAAACCGACACAGAAGGCAUCCUCUCCAGGGCCAAACGUCGUCCCUAUGUGAAAACCGGCAAGUUUAAGAAGAUGUUCGGCUGGGGCGACUUUCAUUCAAACAUCAAAACGGUCAAGCUAAACCUACUCAUCACCGGGAAAAUUGUCGAUCACGGCAACGGAACCUUUAGUGUGUAUUUCCGUCACAAUUCUACCGGACUCGGCAACGUAUCCGUCAGCCUGGUCCCACCGUCCAAGUCCGUUGAUUUUGAGAUCACUCAGCAGGAAACGAUAGAGGUGCCUAAAGACAAUAAGGCUUUCAAUUGUCGCGUGGAGUACGAGAAGACAGACCGGAGCAAGAGGACGUCCGUUUGCAGCGACUUCCCGAACAGGGUCUGUCUCCAGGAGCAGACCCAGAGUCAUGUGUCCUGGCUUUGCUCCAAGCCCUUUAAAGUCAUCUGCAUCUACAUUGACUUCUUCAGUGCAGACUACAAGCUGGUGCAGAAGGUCUGUCCAGACUACAACUACCACAGUGACACUCCCUAUACUUCUGUGGGAUAGCGCUGACGAGAUUGCAUGUGCUGAAUCAUCAUCAUCAUCUCCUUGUUAAAGACUUUAUAGCCUUUUCCCUUCAAACAAAAAACAUCUGACGGAGGCAGAAGUUGGGAGAGCAAACACCCGUUUUGUUAUGAUUGGUUCACCCAAAGAUUUAAUUCUGUCAUUAAAUACUGUGAAACUCCGCUGUAUAAAUGUUUGUUAACAUUUGUGUUAUACAGAAAUAUUUAAUUUCUGGGUAAACUCUUCUUUUAAGGAUUGAGAUCUGACAAUGCUAUAGUCUCCUAAGGACUGUUUCUCAUGCUUUACACAGUGACCCCAGCCGUCCUCAAUGACCCUUGUGAUGUCAUCUGUGUGAAGUUACAAAAGAUUCAAAACAUUUUCCAACCAACGUGGCUGGGAUUUAUGAGUAGAACAAAAAUGUGAGGCAUUUAGUAUUGCAGUCAUUUGUGAUUCCCCUAUUUCAUCCCGACAUGUUUUGUGCUUACCAACCCACAAUAUGAAUAGCGAAGAUAAAUGUUCAAGUCAUAAUGCGAUCUAAUUAUUUUUAUAUUUUGUUUCUGUUAUUAAAAAACCACUGAAAUUUUCCAAA